AUGCCUUUUAUUAUUAUUUUGGUUAUGAUGGGUGCAAUGAAUGGGACUAUAUUUACAGCUAGCAGAUAUUUAUUUGCCGCAGCCCGUAGUAGACAAAUUCCAUCAUUUUUGGCUUUACUCAAUCCAGAAAAUGAUUCUCCCAGAGCUUCUAUUUUUACUCAUGUUUUAAUGGCAAUUUUAUUUUCUUUUGUUGGAGACACAAAUCAAUUAAUUAAUUAUUUGGGGUUUGCCCAAUGGCUACAAAGAGGGUUUACAAUGUGUGCAUUAUUGUGGAUUAGAUUUAAUUUUAAUAAUUUUAUUUUACAUCCAGAUGCUAUUAAAACACCUAUUGUAAUUUAUUUAAAUAUUAGAAAUUUUAAAAAACUUUAA